AACGACGCCUCUCACGCUCGUUGCCGUCGCCGCCGCCGUUCCGGUUGUCCCUCGUCGCGUCCCUCCGCCCCGUCCGCGACCUUCCCCCAUUGGGUUCUGAGGCUCGAGCUGCUAUCUGGGAAGGAUGGGCAAGGGCCCGGUCCCGUUCGUCAACUUCGGGAAGCGAGCAAAAGAUCUCUUGCACAAGGACUACAAUUUUGACCAAAAGUUCUCUUUGUCAACAAUCAGCGAUUCUGGUCUGGGUGUCACAGCCACUGGCGUGAGGAUUGAUGAGCUCUUCAUUGGUGACAUACAUACGCAACAUAAGCAUGGCAAAGCUACCGUUGAUGUCAAAGUUGACAGCGAUUCUCGAGUGUCAUCCACAGUCACAGUUGAUGAAAUAGUUACUGGUUUGAAGACUUCAUUCAGCUUCAAGGUUCCUGAUCAAAAGUCCGGAAAGCUUGAUUUGCAAUACCUUCAUGAUCGCUUCACAUUGAAUUCAUCCAUUGGUUUGGCGUCGGCACCAUUGCUCGAGCUGUCAGGAACAGUGGGCACAAGCGAACUUGCUAUUGGUGGCGAGGUUGGGUUUGACAGUACUUCAGCUUCUGUUACCAAGUACAACUAUGGGAUGAGCUAUAGCAAAGAUGAUAUUUCUGCUGCCUUACUACUGGCUGAUAAAGGCGAGACAUUGAAAGCUUCCUAUAUCCACUUGUUCAGUCCAACCAAUGCAGUGGCGGCUGAGGUAACACACAGGUUGAAAACAAAAGAGAAUUACUUCACCAUUGGGAGCUCUCAUGCGCUUGAUUCCUCCACAUUGGUCAAGACAAGAUUUAGCAACAGCGGGAAAGCUGGGCUCCUCUGCCAGCACGAGUGGAGGCCCAAGUCCUUUGUUACCCUCUCUGCCGAGUAUGACCCCAAGGUGGUUAGCUCGCCUGCAAGGUUUGGCGUGGCCAUAGCUCUGAAGCCCUGAUUAGCCUAUCACCUCCCUGUACAACAGCACCAGCGUUAAAGUACGCAUUCGUGCUCGUAUAUGUCCGAGCCAUACUUGCCGAAGCUGCGAUGAUUUUUUGCUCUUUUUGUUAACAGUAUUGGACGCCAGAAACAUUGUCUGGGAGUUGGGCUCAUUUUUGCAGAAUUCUCCGCUUAGCCAGCUUGAGUCUCCGAGAAUUGGAAAUAUACAGAGGUUUGUACUAGCACAAUAGCUUUACUCUUUUGCCGCUCUACGAAUUGGUAUCGAUUCAGUGUUCAUAUGCCUGUAAUGCCUCGCAUCAACUAGUUGAGGAAUCUCAUGGCAAAGUGAUUUUUCGGUUGGUUCUUUCUUGGCAACUGAGAAUUUGAAUGAUACUACCGUCUCUAAUGUGGA